AUGUAUCCAUCGAAGAAAGAUGAUGUUGAUGAGAUAUUCAAUCAAGCUAGACAACUGGGAGCUGUUGAAGGACCUCUUGAGACUCCUUCUUCUUCGAGUUCCAGAAGCUUUACAGGAACUGGGAGGUUGCUUUCUGGUGGAGAAAGUAGUAUUCGAAAGUAUGAGUGUCCAAAAGAGCUUGAGCCUGAAGAUAGAAGAGCUCCUGUACAUGUCAAUCUGAUGCGAAGGGAAGAGAAAUGUGCAGAAAGAGAGAAGCCUAAGGUUUCAUUUCAGGGUGUUGGAAUACCUCAUCGGUGGUGGCUCCUGAUUCCGCACCCGUUCCUGUACAAACCGGGGUCGCAGCAGCAGCAGCACCAUCUCCGUGUCUUACCUGGAGCUCCGGUUAAUUACCAGCUUCAGACAACGGGGUUCCCACCUACUCCUUUGGCUGAUCUCGCUCAGACCAUUCAACAAGCUGGUUUAGCCAACUCUGUCGUUCUUCAGAAAUUCUAG